AGUGUCAAUUUGUCAUAUAUCGUGAAAUUCGUCGUUUGGUUUUGGUGAUGUGUUUCAAUCGACGAGUUGAAAAAUAAAUUAAGUUAAUUAAACUUUUAGUAUGUCGGUAUAUUAGCGUUAUUUUAAUCUCAGUCAAAAAUGAAUUUUAACGCUUCAAGGAACGUUGGUCAGGCAAGUGGCCCCCGUAAAGCAAAACGAGUGAGCGAUGUAUCCGUUAUGGGGGCUCCGAGUCCAGUUCAAGCAUUCACCCCUCCUGGGACCUUUGAACAAGGCUAUGCACCAGCAGGCCCUCCACCACCUUACCAACAAGGUAUCCAAUUGGAUCCCAAUCAGGAUUUCGGAUCUCCUGCCCCAGCGCCUGCACCUCCUGGAAAUUUUGGUUAUAUGCCUGGAUACCCACAGACCAUGCCGACACCAGCAAAUAUAGGCUCUAUGAUACAGCAGCCUAUUAUUCAGGACAUGGCGAUGCAGUAUGGCAACCAGCUGGCGGCGCAGGGGCGCGAGGCCGUGUCCCGCGAGCUGGGCCGCUUCGUGCCCGUGUCCCGGCUGCGGUACUACUUCGCGGUGGACACCAGAUACGUGCUGCGGAAGCUCAUCCUCAUCAUAUUCCCUUAUACUCACAAGGAAUGGAUGGUGAAGUACGACCAGGAGAGCCCCGUGCAGCCGCGGUAUGACGUCAACGCGCCCGACCUCUACAUUCCCUCCAUGGGAUACGUCACCUACGUGCUGCUCGCGGGUUUCAUGCUAGGCAUCCAACAUAGAUUUUCUCCGGAACAGAUUAGUAUACAGGCGUCGAGUGCUCUGGCCUACAUAAUAUUCGAAAUGGUGCUGUACUUGAUGACACUGUACAUCACCAACACCACGACGGCGCUUAAGACCCUGGACCUGCUCGCUUUCUCUGGCUACAAGUACACGACCAUGAUAGCGAGCUUGCUGGCUGCAUUGCUCUUAGGUAGUAUGGGAUACUACUGCAGUCUCGUGUACUGCAGCUUGGCUCUUUCAUUCUUUCUGGUGAAAACUCUGCGACUACAGCUACUAGCAGGGUCUCAAGGGCCCGAGCAGCCAGCAUACGGAGGUUAUCCAAGUAAUUAUGGAAAUCCAAACCCUUACACCGAUAACUGGGCGAAGCCGUCCAGCAGUGGGACUAAAAGACGAGUGUACUUCCUUCUGUUUGUUGCGAUAACCCAGCCGUUAUUAUCCUGGUGGUUAACAUAUCACCUCGUGCCUUCAGCACCUUCAAUACCACCAGCUCGAUAGCGGAACAAAAUAACCCAUGAACAUGCGAUGGGUUGACCUUUUCAAGUGUCUGGAUUCAAUUUUAGUGCAGUGUGAUAUUGUUGUGUCAAUAGCUAGUAUUUUAAUGAAAUAUGAAGAUUUUGGACCUAUAUUGUCAUUUUACCUUUUUUACUUGAAUAAUAAGAUUAUAAUCGCUUUUUGUUUCCUUGUAGUUUCAAUUAGUAUUGUAAUUGUUGUUGCACAGAUAUUUAGGAGUUUGGGAAAUAAUGCUUCGGUAUAAACGGUACUUAAAAUAUAGUUAGUCAAGCAUUUAUCAACAACAGAACAUAUUUUUAUACAUAUGCUAAAAUAGACAAUUAGUAUGAAUCAUACUUCAAAUACUAGAAGAAAUUUAUGCGAUAAUACACUUUUUGGUCUGACAUAUUAAAAUAAACUAAAAAUGAAUAAAGGCACUUCGAAAUAAAUUAAAAAUAUAUAUAUUGCAGAUAAAAUAUUAAUAAAGUAUAUUUUAUCUGUGACGUUAUGUGAUAGAAAUGCAAUUAACUCGAAGCUGUAAGAAUUAGGCGGGAAUGAUUAAUUUCUAUUAAAAACUUAAUUGUACUUUAUACUCGAUUUUUUGGUACUUAGAUUCAAAUUUCAACUACAUUAAUACCGUGUAAUAAUUAUGUAAAUAAUAAAGAAAUAUUAAAAAUGUC